GCACAUGGAAGGCAGCUGCAGCUUCCAGGAACCGCCACUUUCUGGUCUCUGACACAGACGCCUGAGUCCAGGAAAGCGAAACUUAACUGCCUGCCUCUUGCACCGGAGCCAUGGCGGCAAGCGGCUCUGUCAGACUGCUGGAAGAUCAAGUCUCCUGUUAUAUCUGCCGAGAUUAUUACACGGAGCCGGUGAGUGUGGACUGUGGGCACAGUUUCUGCCAGGGCUGUAUCACCCAGCAUUGGGAGAAAUGGGGAAGCAAUUUCUCCUGCCCUCGCUGUGGAGAAGCGUCGCUGAAGCGAAAGCUGAGGCCAAACAAAGAACUGGCGAAUAUUGUAGAAACCGUCAAGAGGACGAAGCUGGAGAUGGCAGAAAACACGCCUGGAGAGAAGAAAACGUGCGAAACGCACCAGCAGCCGCUCCAGUUCUUUUACAAAGGCAAACAGGAGCUGGUGUGCUCCCGGUGUGUGGAAUCUGAGGAGGUCCCAAGCGAAGCUCUCCUGGUGCCUCUUGAGGAAGCUGCCCAGAGUUACAAGGAGGAGCUGGAUUCCCUUCUGAAGGCUUGGAAAGAAAAGAGGGAGGAGGCUAUUGGCUUUCACACAGAGGAGGAGAAUAGAUAUAAGAAAUUGCAGGAAAAGGUAAAUACUGAGAAACAGAAGAUUGUGUCCAUAUUUGAAGAAGCAGAAGUGCAUCUGAAACAAGAAAAGACAGCAUUGCUGGACCAGCUGGAAGAGCUUGUUGAGAGAGAGGAGGCGUUUGUCACCAAACUUUCUGGUGACAUCUGUCUUUGUGAUACUCUAAUCCAAGAGAUGGAAGAGAAGAAUCGGCAGCCACCAAGUACAUUCGUGCAGGAUAUUGAGAAAACCUUGCAAAGGUACAAAGUGUGGCAUAUUCAACAGCCAAGUAUUUUUUCUGAGUUGGAAGAUAAAGUUAACAGCUUCUCCAAAAAGAACAUUAUCCUGCAGGAGACUUUGCGGAGUUUCAAAGGUACCUAGCUAAGAUAUAUAAAACAAUUCAAUAAAUAUGAAAUCAUACUGGAUCAGAUCCAAGCUAGCUGGAAUGCACUUGCGUCCUUUUGAAAUCAGUAAGAAAAGGUAGUCUAAUUUUAUCCCCAUUGCUAUUGGCUGAAAUCCUGUUGCUUGGUGUCCUAAGUUGCGCAAGAGCAGAUCCAUUGAAUCAGUGGAAAUUUGGUGAGUCAACAUCUCUGUGAGUUACACAAAUGGGACUGUGGUUGGGACCUGUAACUUGGGAGUUGUCUGGAGUAGGCGAAAUAGGAUCGGUCACCGGUUUAAUAUGCCAUUUGGUACAAUCCUCACAUCUAAGUAGCAUAUGCACCUCAGACAACUUCAUUCGGUCUGGCUCCUUCUUCUGUCAGUUUCUAAUACUGUAUUGAGAACCAGCCCACAGUUUAAUAGGAAAC